CCGAGCAACUGUAACUGCGUAGCACCGCUGUACGUCGUCCGUCCCCGUCCCGUCAAUCGACGACGUCACUAAUCCCGACGGAACACGAAUCCGUGGCUGGUGUCAGUGUGCCCAUUCUCCACACGGACUCCGCCGCCAUAGGUCUGCUCGUCUUCCGCCGCCGACGCUCUGCGCGUGCGCCCCCGAUUCCAGUCGCCAGUCGGCUCUACAGGGACAUUCAUACCGGAGUCCAGCGGUCGCAGUUGGUAGUUGUGCCCGCACACUCUCACUCGACCACUUGCCGUUGUCUCCUCUCACUUGCGUUGUUCAGCGUUCUCUCGACGGGGGCGGUUUUCAGUACGUCCCGUCAUUGUGUCCGCUGACGACAGAGGCAACCACCACCACCCCCCACCAUAUCGCCGUCGUCGCUGAUCAUCUGUUCACCCUUAUUCGUUACCUGACCAACACCACAAGAGCGAUUAUUGUAGAGCGGAGUAUAGAUUUAGUUAGACUUCAUCUAUCCUGCGCCACUUCGAAAUAAUACAGUCGACUACAAAAUAUUAUUUUUGUUUUGAAAUAUUGAUAUUGCUUGUUGCUGACGAUACACAUCUCCCAGACACCUUCAAUCAUCUCUUUAAGUCAUGGAUGAAGACAUGGACUGCCCACACAUUGUCGAUGCGGCUGAGAAGUUGAAGUUGGAUGUGGAGCAGAUCAGAGCUACACUCAACAACAGGAGUUGCAAUGUUUGUUUACGAGUAGAUCAAUUAUGGAUGUGUAUGGAGUGUCGACAAAUUCUUUGUGGACAUAAUGCUGCAGGACACAGUACCGCACAUUAUGAAUUUCACGAAACUCAUUGCAUAUUUAUAAAUAUAGAGUCUGCAGCUAUAUUCUGUUACAAGUGUAAUUCUGAUAUAGAACCAAAGAACCAUGAUGAUGAAUUGAACCGUCUUCGACAAUUUAUUUUGUAUAAUCGUGGACCAAUUGUUGCAAAUAAUAGUAACAAAAAGAGAAGACGGAGAAAAGCACCUAAAAUUACUAAAUCAAAAAAGAAAAGUGUUAAACAAGGUCCUAAAGCUAUUAAAAAAGUCAAUGUACCUAAUAUUGAAAAUGACUGUUUAAUGAAUACAGUUUCCCAGGCUCUUAGUGAACAAGAACCUCAAGCUGUUGUAUCAGAAACUGUUGACAAUUCAAACAAUACAGUUCAAGCUGUUGUACCAAAAACAGCACUGAAAGCUAAACCUAAAAAACUAUUAUUGAAAAGAGGUCCUAGAACUAAUAAAAAAGUUGGUAUAUCUAAUAGUGGAAAUAAUUGCUUUAUGAACGCAGUUUGGCAAUCACUUCGCCAUUUAAAGCCGUUUAUAUUUUGUAUGAAAUUGUUCAAACUUGCUGAAAUUAAAAUAUCCAAUCAAAAUAACAAUAAUAAUUCAGAUCCAAGAUUGGAACAUUGUAUAUCCCAAGAAAUGUGGAAACUGUUAAUGUCAUUAGUUGAAUGGCAAAAACCUGAGGGUUAUAAAUUUAGAGAAGCAAUUUCACCAACUGCUCUGCUCUCUAUUGUUUGCAAAAUUAAACCUCGUUACAAAGGAUUUCAUCAACAUGAUGCUCAUGAAUUUUUGAUGUUUUUAUUGGAUACUUUACAUGACGAGCUGACAGAUGAAAAAAAUAAAUUGUUGUUAGAGGAGGGAAUAAUACAUCAAAAUCCUAGUAAAAUUGAUACACUUGUGUCCUUGAUGUUUCGUGGGUAUUUAUUAAAUGAGGUGCUCUGUUUAAACUGUAAAAAACCUUCCAGAAAGAGUGAUGCAUUUUCAGAUAUAUCAUUAGAUAUUCCAGAUCGUAAAAUUGAUAAAAAUGCUGACCCAUCAGUAGUUCAGCCGGUUGAUCUUUUAGCUAAAUCUUUGGAACAUUAUUUUGAGAUAGAAGAACUAAAUGAUAACAAUUCUUAUUUUUGUGAAAAGUGUAAAAGCCUACAAAAUUCCACUAAGAGAUUUUGGGUUCACGCUUUGCCUAAUGUACUUUGUCUCCAUCUAAAACGGUUUAGAUGGGAUAAAUCUCAUCGUUCAAAAGUCCAUACGUAUAUUAAAUUUCCUAUGACAUCAUUAGAUAUGUCUCUAUAUUUGGCUGAAGAAACAAAAAGUGUGUUGGUUAAACCAUGUUCAUACUUGUAUGAUUUAGUUGCAGUUGUUGUACACGAUGGAGAAGGAGGAGGAUCUGGGCAUUAUAAAUCGUAUGCUUUAGAUGUAAAAGAAGGUCAAUGGUAUGAAUAUAAUGAUGAAAAAGUACAUGAAGUUGGUGCGUCUUUGGUAGAAAAUGUGCAAGCUUAUAUAUUAUUCUACAUUAAGAGGGAAAUGGGUGUUAAUUUUUCUUGACUGGACAUGUCCUCGGUUCAUUAAUCGAGCAGCUGUAAUUUAAGUAUCAGCAUUUUAUUCAUCCUAAUUAUAAUAUCCUUUGAUAAUUUAUAAAAGAAUAUCUAUUUAAAAAUAAUUUAAACAGUAUUCUUAUUAUUGUAUGUGUUUUUAUGCUUAAAAUGUCAUCACUACGUGAAUAUUUACUUCUUAUUAUUAUUUUUUUUUCUAAUAAUAAGGUUUUUUUAUUUACAAAUAGUACUUUAAAUUAUAUAUUAGUUGAGUUUUUGGCAUUUAAAUAACUAUAGUUAAAAUUUAAUAUUAAAACUCAUGUAUGAAUCAUAUUUUGGUGGCUGGGUUAACUAUUUAAUCAUGGUCUCUAGUUUUAUUGAUCAAUAUAAUAUGAGAAAAUAAUAUAAUAAUAUAAUAUAAUAUCAAAUUUAAAUUCAAGAAAUAACUACUAUCUAAUUUCUAAAACUGAUAAAAAAAAAAAAUGAAUUUGAAUAACAUGGUUAGGCAAUUAAUUUUAAUUUUCAUCUUUUAAUGCUUCAAAAUUUUGAGAUUUUAAUAAAAUAUCAACUUGAGGAGUUAAUAAAUGUUAGGUUUUUAUUUGUUACUUUACACUGCCAAUUUUUUUUAAAUUAUAGGUAUAUGUAUUUUUUUUUUUUUUUUUUUUUUUAAUUAAUUUUUGCUAUGACCAAUGACUUAUUUGUUGAAAAACAUUCCCAAAGUUUAUUUAAAUGUUUAUUAGUUAUUACUAUAAUCAAUAAUAAUAACUACAUUAUUGUUUUAAAGGUUUAUGUGAUAAGUAUGGUAAUGGGUAUAAUUCCAUAUUGACCAUGAGUAUAUACAGUAUCAUAAUUAUUUAUUAAAUUAGAAAAUUAUAUACCUAUUCUUUCAUUAAUUUAGUACAAUUAAUAUAAUAUCAUAAUGAAUUAUAUUUUUUUCAUGUUGGGUUGUAAUUAAUUUAUAAUUUGAUAAAAUUGUAUUUGUUAUAUUGGCAAUGAUGGAUUUUGGAUAAUUAAAUCAGGAAUUUGGAUAAAGGUUUCUCUAAAUUUGGAUAAUUUUUGUGUUAUUAUUAAUAAUUAUUCAAUUAUUUAUUCUUAAUUUGCCUAUGUUUAAAAUGUAUAACUGUUGACAUUUAUAUGCAAAAAAUUAUAAUUUUAAAAUAUUUUACUAAUUGACGUUCAAUUUAUAAUUUAAAACAACUAAUAUUACUACUAAUUAUUAAUUUUUGAUUGCAUUUUAAAAUAUAAAAUACAAAUUAUCGACAAAUAAAUAAAAAAUAUUAAUAAAUAUUGGAAAAGUAAAUCAUACAAUUAUUUUUCCUAUAUAAAGGCUAAUAAAUAAAUAUUAUCUACAUAAUUUUUAAUUUAAUAAAUUCAUUUUCAGUAACUAUAUUAUACACUGAUAACUAUUAUUAAUUUAUAUUUAUUUUUUUAUUUUUUAAUAAUCGUGUUCCUAUAUUAAGGAAUUAAAAUAUAAUAUAUUUAUUAUUGAGUAAUUAUAUUAUUAUUAAAAAUAUUAAUUCUUCUCAUAUAUUACUUAUUAUAUAUUAUAUAAAUACAUUUAAUUAUUGGUGAAUUUUAUUUUUAAAUAAUAACUAUUUUAAUGGUUUUUAAAUAAAACUAGAAGAACAGUAGUAUAGUUUUUGUGUGAUUUUUUUUGACAAAUUUUAAUAACUAACAAAUGCAUUUAAAUAAUGUAUUAUAUUAGAAAAUUAUUGUGUUGUCAUUUUUUUUUUUUUUUUUUUUUUUAACCGUUCAUUGGGUGAAUUAAUUUUAUGCAUAAAAUCCUAAAAUAUGUUCAUAUUAUACAAUUUCAUAUCCAGCAAAUAUCUGUGUGUGUGUUUUUUUUUAAUUUGUUAUCUGUUUAAUGUAUUUUUAAUUAUGGAUUUGUAGUUUUAAUAGCUGUUAAAAAUUAAUCUGAAUGUAUUCAUAAUAUAUAUUGAUUUUAAAUAACUUAAUUAUAAAAUAAUUCUUAAGGUGUAGCUGUAAUUUACUUUUACAAUUAUUGUGAAAACUAUGUAAUUCGUGUUUAGAUUUAUAAUUGUAAUAUGUUACAAUAUAGUUUUAUGUUAGUAAUUAAAGGCAUGAUCCAAUAACUUGAUAUUCUUGAUUUUUUUUAAAUAAAAGUGCUUUAAAACAAUUGCAAUUUUUAAGAAAUACGAAGAAAUGGUUCUUCUUUUCAUUUACUAUUUAACAAUACUUUCUGAAAAUAAAAAUUGAUAAAUCUGGUUAUUGAAUCAAGCCUUUAUUUGUUAAAAUACAGUAGAACUUAAAUAAUGAAAAAAAAAAAAUAAUAAUAAUUUGUAAUAGUUGUAAACCGAGCAUUUCCUUAGUAUCUCAUUAACUUAAAAUUACUUCAAUACCUCAUUAAAAAUAAUUUUUUUUUGAUUUUCAAAUUAAAAUGGCCAAAGUUCUACUGUAUUUUGGAAAAUAAAAUAAUUUAUAUUUAUCAGAUUAUUAUACAUUUUAUUAUUAGUUAAUUUAAUUUAACUAUGCUAAGGCUAUAAUUUUAAGAGUAGAGAAGGCUUUGCAGUAUAAUAAGUACUACUUAUCAAUUAGUUUUGAAAACAAUAACAUAUUAAUUGCUAAAAUGUUUCUUUUUAAAAAUUUGAAUGUUAUCCAAAACUUAGAACGUUAAACAUAUAUUUUAAAAGAAAAAAAUAUUAAAUUUUAACCGAAAAUUGCAUACCUAUAACUCUAGAACAUUUUAAUACUUAAAUAAAAUUAUACCUUAAAAUUUGUUUAAAAAUAAAAUAAUAUGGUGUGCAAUUUGACAUCUUUAUUGUAAUAUAAGUGUACAGGAUAACACUUAUAAAUUUAAAAAUGUUGACUUUGUAAUUUUGAACAAACGUGUCCAGUUUUCAAAUAUAUUUAAUGAUAUGUUGUCUUCAUUUUCCCACUCCCUGAUAAAUAUUGCUAACAUGAAGCAAAUAUUUUAUAGGUUUGGUGCAAAGUACUCAUGCGCUGUUGUACCUUCACCCAUCUAUUGGCUAUAUUUGAAUUAUUUCUUAUUGAAAGAAAUUGUUUUAUUUUGUACUCUUCAAAUAUUUUGACUUUAUCCUUGGUGUGUUCUUUUGAAAUAAGGUUCUAUUUUAGGAUGCCUUCAAUUGACAACAUCGGUGGUCAGAAUUGGUGCCUAUUGAAUAUUUGAAUCUAUAUUUGUGUAAAGUGUUUUCCUCGUUAUUACAGUAGCCAUGGGCUCUAUAAAAUAUCUGUUCAGUGGUAACUCUUGCAACUAACUUUUUAUCAAAUUCUGAUCGAGUAGAGAUCCGUUAUUAAUUCUAUAUACAUGCAUGACAAUUAAUAAGUUGACAAUUUUACGUGGAAUUACUUUACUGACGGAUGAAUCGCAGUUUUUCGUAUACAAUCAUCUGUAUCUCCGUCGAUUAUGUGUAUAAAAUCUACCUUCGAUUUGGAGGUUUUUUCGUUUUAUUCAUGGUUACCAAUAUUACACAGAUUCCCAAUAUUAUUGAAGUCUUAUACUUUUACCUAACGUCCAUGAACGGAAUGUCUGAUAACGGAUUAAUUUUCUACCUCCAUCGUCUAAUUGAUCUGCUGUCAAACGAUUUCCAUCAACAAGUGUUUAAGUCAAUUUUUAUCGUUUCCGCGCAUUCGAGCCUUCACAACAUAACGUCUCUACUUCCGAAUUCGGUGCAGUAAUCUAUUUGUACCCUCCUACGACCAUUCUACGAACGAGACAUUUUGCGCGUAUUGUUUCUACCCCUGUUAGUUUCGCGCAAAUCUACCUCCGUUCGGGUUGACUUAGUUGUUAAGUUCGUGAGUGGCGUUCGCACCACAUAUCUUUUUUACCUCCACCAGACAAGAAACGUUCUGUGUUUUUCAACAUUUCUUCUUCCUCUGGCAGUGUUCACCUCGCAUCUAAAUUCGAUAUUUAACGGGGUUGUGGUGCAGUGGACCCUAUGUCUCCGCUCAUAAGGACUGAAGACGAUUUUGAUUUUAAUCUACUUGAUAAUAUGUAUUAUUAGGAAAUAAUUACAAUAUAUAUUGUACGUGGUUUAUUUGAAUGAACCUCCUACAUUAUAGCAAGCAUAAUGAUGAUCGCCGCCUCAAAAGUAGGAGACACAUAAUAUAUUAUUACAUAUGCGAUACCUGUACUAAUUCGUCCAUACCAGUAAUCAAUCUUCUCCCCUAAACGUUAUCUCGGUAUCUCUAUUAACCGGGCUACAGAUUAUACGAAAAUAUGUGCCCGAACCGUUGAAUUUUUAUUUUAUAUCAUUGAAUGGCCAAAGAAAUGUAAUUUCCUCUCACGGGCUAUCAUCCGAAUAUGAAUUCCCGUUUGAGUUAUAAAAGCGUUAUGUACUUUUAACGCGGCCGAACUUGAUUUAUAAUACGUAAUACAUACUGCAACUCAUUCGCUUUCAUUCGAUCGAUAUUGUCCCAUUGAACAGACUUCUUGUCUUUUUUUUGUUUGUUUUUGAGUUGUGCACCACUUA